AUGACAAGCGAAACGAAAGUUCUUUGUGUUGCUGAAAAACCUUCAGUAGCCAAAGAAAUAUCUAAAAUCUUGUCCGGAAACUGUUUUGUAAUGAGAAAUUCCAGAAUCGCUUACAUUAAGAACUAUGAAUUCAAAUGUCAGUUGAAUAGUAAAGAAGUACAGGUAAUAAUGACCUCAGUUUGCGGUCAUAUAAAUGCACUUGAUUUCCCUUACCAAUAUGCCAAAUGGGAAAGUUGUUCACCAGCCGUUUUAUUCGACGCGCCUAUUAUAAAAAAAACCAUCGACGCCGAAAACGCGGAGACUAUACGAGAUAACAUUUUUAACAUAGCGCAUACCGUAAGUCAUUUGAUGAUAUGGACCGAUUGCGAUCGAGAAGGUGAAAAAAUCGGUUCGGACAUUAAAGAUAUUUGUGUCAUGGCAAAUGCUGAUAUAACUGUGUCACGUGCGAGGUUUUCAGCAAUUAUACCAACACAAAUUAAGCAAGCGUGGGAAUCGCCCGCACAACUUGACAUAAAUCAAGCCGAAGCAGUUAGCGCAAGGAUGGAACUAGAUUUACGUAUUGGAUACGCGUUUACAAGGUAUCAAACGUUGGGUUUUAAACAGAUUUUUCCGGAACUUGGAAGUGAAAAAGUAUUAAGCUAUGGUUCAUGUCAAUUUCCAACCCUUGGUUUUGUGGUUGAAAAAUACAAAGCUGUUGAAAACUUUAUUAGAGAAUCAUUCUGGAAGAUACACGUAGUAGCCGAAAGAGAUAACAUGACGGUUAAUUUCAAUUGGGAAAAAGACAAAUUAUUUAAUGUAAAUUGUUGUAAUGCGAUAUAUCAUGAUUUGAUUAUGGAACAACCGAUAAUAGCGCAUGUUAUACAAGUUGGAACCAAAGAAACGAAAAAAUAUAAACCAUACCCAUUAACUACGGUUGAAUUGCAGAAAGCGGGAUGUCGUUUUUUACAUAUUUCAUCGGAUGAAAUCAUGAAAAUUGCGGAAGAUUUAUAUAAUAAAGGUUUCAUAAGUUAUCCAAGAACGGAAACUGAUCAAUUCGAUGAUCAUAAUUUUAACUUUCAAGAGUUGAUUCAAGCGCAAACGAAUGAUCAAAGAUGGGGGGAUUUUGCGUCAAACUUGCUUGAUAAGAGAAUAACUACAAAGAAGGGUAGACAUAAUGAUCAAGCUCAUCCUCCAAUACAUCCGGUACAGUAUGCUUCAGGAUUGACUGGCAAAGAAAGAACGGUCUAUGAGUUCGUCGUUCGAAGAUUUUUAGCCUGUUGCUCGGAAGAUGCUAAAGGAAAUGAAACUACCGUUAAGAUCAGGAUCAAGGAUGAAUAUUUUACCGCUACGGGACUUGUGAUUUCAGAUUAUAAUUAUUUAGAAGUAUAUCCGUAUGAUCGUUGGAAUGAUAAAAAUCUUCCAAAUUUCGUCCUUCAUGAAACGUUUACACCAAAGGAAUGCAAGAUGGAAGAAGGUCAAACAUCACCACCAGAAUAUUUAACCGAGGCGGAACUGAUUAACAUCAUGGAUAAAAAUGGGAUAGGCACUGACGCAACGAUUCACGAGCACAUCAAAAAAAUUAUUGAUCGUGAGUAUGUUGAAAAACAAGUUCACGGAAGCAAAACUUAUUUAAUCCCAACUAAUUUGGGACUUGCCCUUGUUGAAGGUUAUGAUUCGAUCGCCUUUAAUGAAUCUUUAACCAAACCCCUUUUAAGAGCAAAGAUGGAACAAAACCUAAAACAAAUAUGCGAAGCGACACGAGAGAAAAAUGAUGUUUUGACUGAAACCAUUAACAAAUAUAGAGAUAUGUUCUCAUUGACCCAUAAUAAUUUGCAACGUCUAGUGGAAGGAUUCGCGAAAUAUUUUACUUUGAACUCUGAAGCAAAUGAUAUAAAUAGAAUUUUUAAUAAUAUAGUUAAUGUUGAAAAUCCAAAGCUAGUCCGAUGGUGCCGGGAAACUCAAGAUCUUCGGCCUAUGUAUCUGAAAAACAUCCAAAGCAAUUGGAUCAUAUCGUGUAUUGAUUAUCCGAAUUGUAGCCAUGGUUUCUUUUUUAAUAACUCCAGUUCAAUAAAAAGUAUUUCUACUAACAGUGAAAUAUGUACAAUAUGUUCGGGUAAUGAUUCGCCUAUUCAUUACCUUACUAUAGUGUAUCGCAGCAAUAGGAUCAACAGGGGUUGCUUUGGGGGUUGUGAUGAUAAUAUGGAUAUGCUACUAUCAAAGAGCAGUGGUACUAGCAACAGACCCAAUGAUGGGGGAAGUAGACGCGGUUCACGCGGUUCACGUGGUUCACGUGGUGCCAACGAUGAAGAGGCUGUUCGUGGAACUCGCGGUUCCCGUGGUUCCCGCGGGAGUAGAAGAGGUGGAUAUACUGGAGGCAAUAAUUUAGACCGUAUGGAGGGCAUUCUGGAUUUCACUCAAGAAUUUGACGUCGAUAAGCUAGACGCUGUCGUCAGGGCGUUUUAUACAGGAGUUGGAGAAGAGCAAAAAAAGGCACAAUCAGUGCUUACUCAGUUUCAAAAUCACCCGGACGCUUGGCUAAAAGUUGAUACAAUAUUAGAAAAGUCCAAAUUCACUCACACCAAGUUUAUCGCUCUUCAAAUCCUCGAAAAGUUGAUCCAACAAAAUUUCAUUGUUAAUAUUAUCGUCGCCACAUCUGAUAAUGAACAAACGCUUCGAAGAGAAAAAACUUAUUUAAGCAAGCUUAAUUUGAUCUUAGUUCAGAUUCUUAAACAAGAAUGGCCUCAUAACUGGCCACAAUUUAUUCCGGAAAUUGUUAGCACUGGUAGAUCUAAUGUGACAAUCUGCGAGAAUAACAUGGCCAUUUUAAAAUUGCUGAGCGAGGAAAUUUUCGAUUAUUCAGCCGAACAGAUGACACAGCUCAAAACAAAGAAUUUAAAGACGCAGAUGUGCCAUGAGUUUUCUAAAAUAUUUGAGCUUUGUAAUGAAGUAUUGGAAAAGGCGCACCAACCAAGUCUAAUAAAAGCAACCUUAGAAACUCUUUUGAAAUUUUUAAAUUGGAUUCCUUUAGGUUACAUUUUUGAGACAAAUAUUAUAGAGAAUCUACGGACUAGGUUUUUGGAAUCGCCAGAAUAUCGAAACGUAACGUUGAAAUGUUUGAGUGAGAUAGGAGCAUUAAAUGUAAGCCACGAGUACGAUGAUAAAUUUAUAGCCUUAUUUAAUAUGGUUGUCACGGCGCUCGAAACUAUGGUACCAGUUUCUGCAGAUUUUUCCACGAUAUACAAGAGUAGCAGUAAUGAAGAACAGGAAUUUAUUCAGAACUUGGCUCUGUUUUUCACAGGCUUUUUGAGUACUCAUCUUAAGAUCAUGGAGUCUCAGCAGAACAAUCAGCCUCUUUUAAAAGCCCAUUAUUACCUUCUUAGAAUCUCACAGGUCGAAGAACGCGAAGUCUUCAAAGUUUGCUUGGAAUAUUGGACCAAAUUG